AGAUCUUGUGCUGUGCAGCUUUAAAUGCUGUAUUUUUGUUUCUUCUUUUUUCCUGUUUCCGUAGUUUGGGUCUGUUUUUGCGUUGCAGACAUCCCACACACAACACAUUCACAACACAACAUUUGAUUUCUCUCUUUUGUCAUCCUCAAAAUCCACAAUCUUUCCUCCUUAAUAUCUCCGACCCCAACAAAAAGAAACAAGCAAGCCAUGGAUUCCCAGAUCCAUGGCUUGUCCUCGUAAAGUCAACCCCUUUACCAGUCAAACUUAACCCCCCUUCUCUCCCCCUCUGAAACCGCAGGAAGAAGAUCAAAUCGAAGAAGGCUUAAAAAAAAUGAAGGGUUCGAACAACCGGUUCUUCACGGUGGCGCUGGUGGCGGCGUGGUACUCCUCAAACAUUGGGGUGCUUCUCCUGAACAAGUACUUGCUCAGCAACUACGGCUUCAAGUACCCAAUCUUCCUCACCAUGUGCCACAUGACGGCGUGCUCCUUGCUCAGUUACGUCGCCAUAGCGUGGAUGAAGGUCGUGCCUUUGCAGAGCAUUCGAUCCAGGGUGCAAUUCUUCAAGAUCUCUGCUCUCAGCCUCGUUUUCUGCGUCUCCGUCGUGUUCGGGAACAUUUCCUUGCGCUACCUCCCCGUGUCGUUUAACCAGGCUAUUGGCGCCACCACGCCCUUCUUCACCGCCGUUUUCGCUUACCUUAUGACCUUCAAGAGGGAGGCUUGGCUCACUUACCUCACCCUUGUUCCUGUUGUUACUGGAGUCAUCAUUGCCAGUGGGGGGGAACCGAGUUUCCAUCUGUUUGGAUUUAUUAUAUGUGUUGCGGCUACAGCUGCAAGGGCUCUGAAAUCAGUGCUACAAGGGAUUUUGCUUUCUUCUGAAGGAGAGAAGCUGAAUUCUAUGAACCUUCUCCUUUACAUGUCUCCAAUGGCUGUGGUUUUCCUUCUUCCUGCAACACUUAUAAUGGAAGAGAAUGUGGUUGGCAUCACGUUGGCUCUUGCCAGAGAUGAUUCCAAGAUCAUUUGGUAUCUGCUGUUUAAUUCAGCACUUGCAUAUUUUGUCAACCUGACCAACUUUUUGGUCACGAAACAUACCAGUGCUCUAACCCUUCAGGUACUAGGAAAUGCUAAAGGGGCGGUAGCAGUAGUAGUUUCUAUUCUAAUAUUCAGAAACCCAGUGUCAGUCACUGGAAUGAUGGGUUACUCACUCACAGUCUUUGGAGUUAUACUCUACAGUGAAGCCAAAAAGAGAAGCAAGUGAUACUAUAAUGCAUCAUCAUUCAUGCUCUCGGCUGCAGUGAAAGGACAACCUUUAGUUAUACCCUACAAUUACAACAUUUAGUUUUCGUUACUGCACAGUCAACCUCAAGAUUUCUGAAGGAAAAUUUGUUUAGCAUGCUAGUGAUCAGAAUCCAGAGUUUUCUGACUAUAAUAUACAUUUUUUUUACCCACACGCCAGACCUCAUUGAACGAGUUUCUCGUUGUAUUAGCAAUGAUCGAUGCAGAAAUAGCCCACAGAACAAAAUUGCUAUAAAUGAUGUCUCUCUACUUUACCUGUGUUGGGAUAAUUGAGUACUUUUUGUCAUUUAUUCUUGGAGGAAAGAGUUGUAAAAUUGGAUAUCUACACAUCUAUUGUUCAACUCUAUUUACAUUCGUUUAUUAAUGAUAGAAUUCAUACUUUUGCCCAUCGUCCAA